AUGGAGCACACUCUGAAGAUGCUUCAUGACGUGAUAGCGAGGUCACUGCAACAACCUCAGGUGCAACCUCAGCCAUUUAUGCCACCACAACCUACAGUGGCUACACCGAUGUUACCGUUGAUAGCUGCCACAACUGCCAUGAAGAAUAUGAAGACACCACAUUUUGAAGGCGGGACAGAUCCAUUUCAAGCCGACCAGUGGCUUCGAACUAUGGAGAAAAACUUUGAGACCCUAACGUGUUCUGAAGAGUCUAAGAAGAAAAUGGCAGUAUAUUACUUAGACAAAGAUGCAGCAGAAUGGUGGGAGAGUAGGGAUCACCAAGUGGGACAUCUAGUCAACACUUGGGCGGCAUUCAAACAAGAAUUUGAACGCAAGUACUUCACUCCUGAAUCCAAGCGAAGGCUUCAACGUCAGUUUGCAAACUUAGUACAAGGAAACAAGACAGUUAGAGAAUAUGAAUCUGAGUUCAUGCGACUGCGACGACAUGUGCUGCGAGGACAAGAUGAUGAAGAAACCAUGAUAUCUAACUUUAUGUUUGGUCUAAAACCAGAGUUAGAAUAUAGACUGGCAGUCGGGAACUACGAGAGUCUCACCGAGCUAGUGGAAAAAGCUGUAAAUGUGGAGAUUGGAUUGGAAGCUGAGAAGGCGGCAACUAAGAAAUCCAAGCAGCAUCAAGAAGAAAAGUAUGGUGGAAACCAAAGAUCUUUUAAGGGUACAGAUAAGGAAAAGGAAUUGGGAGGGUCAAGUCGACGAUCUCUGUUCACAGGAAAAUGCUUCAACUGUGGCAAGAUAGGCCAUAAGUCAAGUGAAUGCUACGGGAUGAAACCUGGAUCCUUUCAGUCAAACUCAUACAAUCCUACAUGCUACACGUGUGGAAAGAAAGGACACAUCUCUACUCAGUGCAGUGUCAAUCGUCCUAUUCCAGCUAUGCCAAUCACUGUCCAUCCUCCUCCAGCUCCACCUGCAAUCGCACCAGCACCAAAAAGGCAAGCUAUAGGAGGUAGAGCUUACGCUUUAGAACUAGAGGAUACUAAACCUCCAGGCCCAUCUAAGGGUCCCAUCACAGGAAAUUUACAUGUUGCGGGGCGUCCCACACAUCCCUUGACGAAGUUGACCGGAAAAGGAGAUCUGUUCAUCUGGGGAAAAGAAACGGAUGAAGCAUUUCAGAGACUGAAGAAAGCUUUGACCACAAUAUCGGUAUUGGCGUUACUUGAACAAGGUAAACCUUACACUGUGUACGCAGAUGCUUCUAGGGUUGGGUUGGGUUGUGUGUUGAUGCAGGAAGGCAAAGUAAGGGCUUAUGCAUCAAGGCAACUCAGGAAACAUGAAGAGAACUACCCAACACACGAUUUAGAAAUGGCGGCAAUGGUGUUUGCGUUAAGGAUUUGGAGAUCUUACUUAUAUGGAGAAGUCGUGGAAGUAUUCACAGAUCAUAAGAGUCUUAAGUACUUGUUCACACAGCCUGAUUUGAACCUUUGA